CAAAUAUUUUCACUGCAUGAGCCGUAAAGCGAUUUUCCUUUACUGCAGCGUCGUUGUUUUUCCAAGAUUGUUUUUGUCUUUCUACCCGAAAACAUAUUGUUCGUAUCUUUAAAAGGUUGGCGGGACGGCAAUGGCAGCGUCCUCCUCCUCCUCUUCGGCCGGGGGUGUCAGCGGGAGCUCUGUCACUGGGUCUGGAUUUAGUGCUUCGGAGCUCAUCCCCCCUCGGAAAGUGCUCUACACGUACCCAAAAGGAGCCGGGGAGAUGAUGGAAGAUGGCUCUGAUAGGUUUUUGUGCGAGUCGGUGUUCAGCUAUCAAGUCGCGUCGACGCUAAAGCAGGUGAAACACGAUCAACAGGUGUCCCGAAUGGAGAAACUGGCCAGUUUGGUCGAGGAGCUGGAAGCAGACGAGUGGCGAUAUAAACCUAUCGAGCAGCUUUUAGGAUUCACGCCUUCCUAGUCAUAAAGCCCACAGCGCUUUGGUUUGGGGAGGGUGAGGAUUAUACGUCUCUGGAAUAUAACAUUUUUUAAGUGAUUAAUGCAACCUCUUUUUAUCUCAUUCAUUUUUCCCCCUGUCACAUUGUACACUGGUUAGUGUCAAAAUAUAGCUAAAUAAACAGCAAACAUUGUAACGCUA